AUGGCUGGACGCGCUCGGUGUACGACGGGUCUCCGAGGAGGAGCGAGUGACGAUGCCGACAAUCGGAAAGCGCAACUGGAAGAAAUCGAAUCAGUUGAGGCUAUCUACGGCGACCUCAUUCAUCUGGAAUCGCCAACACGGCUUAGCGUUCAUUUCACUAACGAUGUGCAACUAAUAAUUAAUCUUCCCGAGCAAUAUCCUUCAUGGUUCGGCUUUCUUUUUUUAUACCAUUAA